UGCUAUUAUUGUGAUAACCAUGUUAUAACCAUAAAUUUUUUAAUUGUAUUUAACCUAUACUACGAUUUGAAGUUAUUUAUUUUUUUGUGUUAAAUAAAGUCCCAUUUUAACUUGUAGCUAUGUCUGACGAAGAUAUGGAAGUUGCUGAAGAGACUAAUAAUGAUAAAGAAAUGGCGGAGGGAAAUAAUUCUAAAGUUUAUUUACCUGGAGUACCUUUAGAAGAGGGCGAAGAAUUAGUUUGUGAUCCCACAACCUACAUUAUGUAUCAUCAAGCUCAAACAAGUGCACCAUGCCUUAGUUUUGAUAUAAUAAGAGAUUCUUUAGGAGAUAAUAGAGAAACAUUUCCAUUAACAGCUUAUACCGUAGCAGGUACACAAGCGGCACAGUCUCAUGUUAAUCAUAUAAUUGUUAUGAAAUUGUCAAAUCUUUAUAAAACUAGUAAGGACGAUGAAGAUUCCUCGGAUGAUGAUGAAGAAGAUAAUAUGAAAAACCCCAAAAUGACAGGAGCUCUUAUAAAACAUCAAGGCUGUGUAAACAGGAUAAGGAGCACAAUUUUAAAUAACGUAGCGAUUGCUGCUUCAUGGAGUGAGCUAGGGAGAGUUAAUAUUUGGAAUUUAACACAACAAUUACAAGCAGUAGAAAAUGAUCAGUUACUUUCAAAAUAUAAUAAAGAAAAUAUUGCUAACUCCACCACCCCUUUGUUUACAUUUAAUGGGCAUCAGAAGGAAGGAUUUGCUAUAGAUUGGAGUAAUACUAUGCCGGGGGUUCUAGCCUCAGGAGACUGUAAAAGAGAUAUCCAUAUAUGGCAACCUACCGAGGGAAUGUCUUGGAAGGUAGAUCAGAGACCUUUAAUAGGACACACAGAUUCUGUAGAAGAUCUUCAAUGGUCGCCAAAUGAACGACACGUUUUGGCUUCGUGCUCCGUGGACAAGAGUAUAAGAAUUUGGGACACAAGAGCACAACCAAAUAAGGCCUGCAUGCUUACUGCAGACAGAGCGCAUGAAACUGAUGUAAAUGUCAUCAAUUGGAACAAGAAUGAACCGUUCAUUGUAAGUGGUGGCGAUGAUGGAUUCUUGCAUAUUUGGGACUUGAGAAAAUUUCAAAACAAGACACCUUUGGCUAUCUUUAAACAUCAUACAGAACCCGUUGUUACAGUAGAAUGGCAUCCAACUGAUUCAGCUGUAUUUGCUUCAGGAGGGGCAGAUAAUCAAAUUGCGUUAUGGGAUUUAUCUGUAGAAAAGGAUACUGAGAAUAGUGCUGAAGAGGUGGAGGGACUGCCGCCGCAGCUUUUAUUCAUCCAUCAAGGACAAAAUAAUAUAAAAGAAUUACAUUGGCAUCCUCAAUUACCUGGUGUAAUAAUUAGUACUGCGGAAAGUGGUUUUAAUAUAUUUAGGACUAUUAGUGUUUAAAAUAUAUUGUCACGUAAUAAAAGAAUAUAUAUACAAAUAUAUUAA